UGUGGUGAGCAACACACAAACGUCCACAAAAAGACCCUGAAUCCAAUUUUUGAUGAAUGUUUUGAGUUUUCUGUAACCUUAGAUCAGUGCAGAUCAGAAGGUGCAAUGGUUGCUUUACUGUGAUGGAUCAUGAUGUAUUGACUGCCAAUGAUUUUGCUGGAGAGGCUUUUCUGGCCCUAGGCAACAUUCCAGGAGUAGCUGAUGGAAGUUCCAGUGUCGAAAACUUUCAUGGUUUAAAACACGUUGAUCUUCCAUUGAUGCAUCAACACGACAAACAGAAUCCUAUUUUACAAAUUUUGGAAUCCAGAACAGGUGAUCGAAUGGCCAUAGAAUUUGUGAAAAAACAAAAACUUAGGUUCUCAUCAGCGUAAUCGGAUGUCGGAUGGUAAAUUUAAGGACAUUUUAAACCAACUGCCAACUUUUGAAGUAUGUAUAUAUGUAUUUAAUUAAAUUAAAAGAAUCUCAAUUGGAUUUUUCCAAAACAUGUAUAUUGACUUGGUGAGUAGAAGUUUUUCUAAAUAUGCUAUACCCUUAAACCUGGGACCAGUUUUGUCUCUUUAUUUGUGAAAAUGUGUAUCAAGUUGUUGUACGAUCAGGCGUAUUUUAUAUAUAAACGAAAAUUCU